AUGAAAUUUAAUAAGAAAAAUUCUUUUUUUUUUGCUGGUUGUGAAAGAAACAUAAAAUUAUUUUAAUUUCGCAAUGGUUAUAUGCAAUUUAUUUGUGAAGUAAAACAUAGCAAUUUAGAAGUUAAAUACUUAAAUUGUACAAAUUACCAAAAUUAAUUGAUAUCAGGUUGUGAUUUAAUGAUAAAGAUCAAACCUUUAUUUGGAGUAAAUAAUCAUAAAAUAUUAAUGAAAAUAAUUCCUAAUUCCAAUUAAUUUAGCUGUUUUGCGAUAAGUGAUAAAAAUAAUUUACUUGUUGCAGGACUUUAAGAACAUAUUUAUUUUUGGGAGGUAAAUUGUGAAUGGUAUUUUAAAUAAGAUUUAUAAGUAAAUGAUGAAUAAGAUUGGAUUUAUAAUUUAAGCUUUAAUGAAUCUGAAACUAAAUUAAUUUCAUGUACAGGAGGUGGUAAAAUUACUGUGAUUGAAUUAGAAAGUAAUUAAGAGAAAUUGUGGAAAAUUAUCUAAAUCAUAUAUUUAGAUAAUUUUGCAGUUUAAGCAACUUUUUUUGGGGAAAAUUCUUUUGUAAUUCAUUUAUAUUUGCUUAAAAUAAUGUUAAUUUAUGAAUUAAAUUAAGUUGACGGUUAAUUUAUAAAAUCAAAUUAAUUUCUAAUGGAAAGUGAAGGUGUAUAAAGUUAAACUUUUAAUUCAUCAUAUAUAAAAUAAAGACAAUUAUUUAUAAAAUAAGAUAAAUUCUAGUUGAUUUUAUAUCUUGUAAAUAAAAACUAAGAGUUGUAAAUCUACAAAAAGCUUCUAUUUGAUACAACUUAGAUUUGGGGAACUAUUAGUGAUGAUGGGUUAUGGUUAAUUGUGUGGGAAAAUGCUUCACAAUAAUUAAAAAUAAUUUCUUUAUUUGCCUUUUGA